CGUCCCCCAUCGCCCCGUGGCCCCACGAUGACCCACAGCCCCGCGACAAGCGAGGACGAGGAACGCCACAGUGCCAGCGAGUGUCCCGAGGGGGGCUCGGAGUCCGACAGCUCCCCAGACGGGCCAGGACGAGGCCCCCGGGGGACCCGGGGCCGGGGCAGUGGGGCACCUGGUAGCCUGGCCUCAGUCAGAGGCCUCCAGGGCCGCUCCAUGUCUGUGCCCGACGACGCCCACUUCAGCAUGAUGGUCUUCAGGAUUGGCAUCCCGGACCUGCACCAGACGAAAUGCCUGCGCUUCAACCCCGACGCCACCAUCUGGACCGCCAAGCAGCAGGUACUCUGUGCCCUGAGUGAGAGCCUGCAGGACGUCCUCAACUACGGCCUGUUCCAGCCCGCCACCUCGGGCCGCGACGCCAACUUCCUGGAGGAGGAGAGGCUGCUACGGGAAUACCCCCAGUCCUUCGAGAAGGGGGUGCCCUACCUGGAGUUCCGAUACAAGACCCGCGUUUACAAACAGACCAACCUGGACGAGAAGCAGCUGGCCAAGCUGCACACAAAGACGGGGUUGAAGAAGUUCCUGGAGUAUGUGCAGCUCGGGACGUCUGACAAGGUGGCGCGGCUGCUGGACAAGGGGCUGGACCCCAAUUACCAUGACUCGGAUUCAGGAGAGACCCCCUUGACACUGGCAGCCCAGACCGAAGGUUCCGUGGAGGUGAUUCGAACCCUGUGCCUGGGCGGGGCCCACAUCGACUUCCGGGCCCGAGAUGGCAUGACCGCACUGCAUAAGGCCGCAUGCGCCCGGCAUUGUCUGGCUCUCACGGCCCUCCUGGACCUCGGGGGCUCCCCCAACUACAAGGACCGCCGGGGGCUGACCCCUCUGUUCCACACGGCUAUGGUAGGGGGCGACCCCCGCUGCUGUGAGCUGCUGCUGUACAACAGGGCGCAGCUGGGCGUCGCCGACGAGAACGGCUGGCAGGAGAUCCACCAGGCGUGCCAGCGGGGCCACUCCCAGCACCUCGAACACCUGCUCUUCUACGGGGCUGAGCCCGGAGCCCAGAACGCCUCGGGGAACACAGCCCUGCACAUCUGCGCGCUCUACAACAAGGAGACCUGUGCCAGGAUCCUCCUCUAUCGAGGGGCCAACAAGGACGUGAAGAAUAACAACGGGCAGACCCCAUUCCAGGUGGCUGUGAUUGCUGGGAAUUUCGAACUGGGGGAGCUGAUCCGGAACCACCGGGAACAGGACGUGGUGCCCUUCCAGGAGUCUCCCAAGUACGGCCGGCGGCGGGGCCCCCCGAGGGCAGGGCUGACGGUGCCCCCAGCGCUGCUGCGGGCCAACAGCGACACCAGCAUGGCGCUGCCAGACUGGAUGGUGUUCUCCGCCCCGGGGACCUCGUCCUCCGGGGCCCCUGGCCCGACCUCGGGGCCACAGGGCCAGUCACAGCCCCCGGCCCCCAGCACCAAGCUCAGCAGUGGGACCCUCCGAAGUGCCAGCAGCCCCCGGGGCGCCCGGGCUCGCUCCCCAUCUCGGGGGAGGCACCCCGAGGAGGCCAAGAGGCAGCCCCGCGGACGGCCCAGCUCCAGCGGGACGCCCCGGGAAGGGCCUGCCGGGGGCACAGGGGGCUCAGGGGGCCCUGGGGGCUCCCUGGGCAGCCGCGGCAGGCGGAGGAAGCUCUACUCAGCGGUACCCGGACGCUCCUUCAUGGCUGUGAAGUCAUACCAGGCCCAGGCUGAGGGGGAGAUCUCCCUCAGCAAGGGAGAGAAGAUCAAAGUUCUGAGCAUCGGGGAAGGCGGCUUCUGGGAAGGCCAGGUCAAAGGUCGUGUCGGCUGGUUCCCUUCUGACUGCCUGGAAGAGGUGGCGAACCGCUCCCAGGAGGGAAAGCAAGAAAGUCGCAGUGACAAGGCAAAGAGGCUCUUCCGGCAUUACACCGUGGGCUCCUACGACAGCUUCGAUGCCCCAAGCUUGAUGGAUGGGAUUGGCCCUGGGAGCGAUUACAUCAUUAAGGAGAAGACAGUUUUGCUGCAGAAGAAGGACAGCGAGGGGUUUGGGUUUGUGCUCCGGGGGGCCAAGGCGCAGACCCCCAUCGAGGAGUUCACCCCCACCCCAGCCUUCCCGGCGCUGCAGUACCUCGAGUCGGUGGACGAGGGUGGCGUGGCGUGGCGAGCUGGACUGCGAAUGGGAGACUUCCUCAUCGAGGUGAACGGGCAGAACGUGGUGAAGGUGGGCCACCGCCAGGUCGUGAACAUGAUCCGCCAAGGGGGCAACACGCUGAUGGUCAAGGUGGUGAUGGUCACCAGGCACCCGGACAUGGACGAGGCCGUCCACAAGAAAGCACCCCAGCAGGCUAAGCGGCUCCCACCCCCAGCCAUCUCCCUGCGUUCCAAGUCUAUGACCUCAGAGCUGGAGGAGAUGGUCUCCCCCUGGAAGAAGAAGAGUGAGUACGAGCAGCAGCCUGCGCCGGUGCCCAGCAUGGAGAAAAAGCGGACCGUGUAUCAGAUGGCUCUCAACAAACUGGACGAGAUCCUGGCGGCGGCCCAGCAGACCAUCAGCGCCAGCGAGAGCCCCGGGCCUGGCGGCCUCGCAUCCCUGGGCAAGCACCGGCCCAAAGGCUUCUUUGCCACUGAGUCGAGCUUCGACCCCCACCACCGCUCCGGGGGGGGGGGGGGCAGCAUAAGGGGACCCACCUGCGCCGCCCGGCAGCAGCCUCGCCCGGAGCAGCUCUGCAGCGUCCUGGUGCGAGGCGCCGCCGCGAUCCCUUCCUGCGCAGCGCCACGCGGUCCCUUUUCAGCUCAAGCCACUGUGGCUCACCGCGGCCUCCCACUGCGCGGAUUGGAUAAGGGCGCCCCUCCGGGCCUGGGGGCAGUUGGGCCGAACGCGCCGCCCCGCCGGCUCCCCCUGCUGCUCGGCGUGGAGCAGUGCACAGCCUGCGUCCCCGUGCGAGGCGGCCCCGGGUUUACCGCGGCCGGCGAAGCGCUGGGCCAUCCGGGCGCCGUUCUCGGCAUACACGGGGCGCCGCUACUGACUUUGCUCUUGUGCCCCUGCGGCCUAGGGGAGCCCCGGCCCUCCAUCCUCUGUGUCUCCCCAGGGGCUGCAGAAGACGACAGACCCUACCUAGCACCCCCAGCCAUGAAGUUCAGCCGCAGCCUGUCCGUGCCUGACCCCCGGGCCGCGACGGCGGCUGCAAGGCGUGCGCCCUCAGAGGACGGGCCCGGGGUCCCGCCGCCCAGCCCACGCCGCUCCGUGCCCGCCUCCCCGACCUCCCCGCGGGGCGGCGAAGAGAACGGCCUUCCCCUGCUCGUGCUGCCGCCGCCCGCACCUUCGGUGGACGUGGAGGACGGCGAAUUCCUGUUCGUGGAACCGCUACCUCCUCCCCUGGAGUUCUCCAACAGCUUCGAGAAGCCCGAGUCGCCCCUCACGCCUGGGCCGCCCCACCCGCUGCCCGAUCCCCCCACCCCGACCACCGGCAGCGCGCCCGCGCUGAGCAGCCUGUCUGCCGAAGGUGGUGGCAGCGCAGGGGGUGGGGGGGCUGGCGUGGCCGGUGGGCCAGAGCUCCUGGACACCUACGUGGCCUACUUGGACGGUCAGGCCUUCGGGGGAAGCAGUACUCCUGGCCCGCCAUACCCUCCGCAGCUCAUGACUCCCUCCAAGCUCCGGGGCAGGGCUCUGGGGACAAGCGGGGGCCUGCGGCCUGGCCCCAGUGGGGGACUUCGGGACCCUGUCACCCCCACCAGCCCCACCGUCUCAGUGACAGGGGCCGGAGCCGAUGGGCUGCUGGCCUCCUCUGGACCCUCGACAGCAGGUGUGGCUGGGGCUCCCGUGGCCGUGGCCGUAGAACCGGAAGUGCCAGCGGUACCCUUGCCGUCGGCUUCCUCCCUGCCCAGGAAGCUGCUGCCCUGGGAGGAAGGCCCAGGCCCACCGCCACCACCCCUGCCUGGGCCCCUGGCCCAGCCUCAGGCCUCAGCCUUGGCCACAGUGAAAGCCAGCAUCAUCAGCGAGCUCAGCUCCAAGCUUCAGCAGUUCGGGGGCUCCUCAGCGGCCGGAGGCGCUCUGCCCUGGGCCCGGGGAGGCAGCGGGGGCAGCGCGGACAGCCACCACGGGGGAGCCAGCUACGUCCCUGAGAGGACCUCCUCCCUGCAGCGCCAGAGACUCUCCGAUGACUCCCAGUCCUCGCUCCUCUCCAAACCCGUCAGCAGCCUGUUUCAGAACUGGCCCAAACCGCUCUCCACAGGCCCCGGGGUCCCCCCCUCUGCCGCCGCAGCCCCAGGGGCCACCUCGCCCUCAGCCUCCUCCUCCUCCACGUCCACCCGCCACCUCCAGGGUGUGGAGUUUGAGAUGCGGCCCCCACUGCUCCGCCGGGCCCCCAGCCCCUCGCUGCUGCCCGCCUCGGAGCACAAGGUCAGCCCUGCGCCCCGGCCCUCGUCCCUGCCCAUCCUGCCUUCUGGACCCCUCUACCCAGGACUCUUUGACAUCCGCAGCUCUCCCACUGGAGGGGCAGGAGGCGCGGCUGACCCCUUCGCCCCGGUCUUUGUGCCGCCACACCCGGGGAUGUCCGGGGGGCUUGGAGGAGCCUUGUCUGGGGCCUCCCGCUCCCUCUCACCAACCCGCCUGCUUUCGCUGCCCCCGGACAAGCCGUUUGGCGCAAAACCUCUGGGGUUCUGGACCAAGUUCGACGUGGCCGACUGGCUAGAGUGGCUGGGCUUGGCUGAGCACCGAGCCCAGUUCCUGGACCACGAGAUCGAUGGCUCCCACCUGCCCGCCUUGACCAAGGAGGACUACGUCGACCUGGGGGUGACCAGGGUGGGGCACCGCAUGAACAUCGACCGGGCUCUCAAAUUUUUCCUGGAGAGGUGAUGGCUGGCCUGGGCGGACCAGCCCGUCCACAGGACCCCGGGCCUGCUGGCCUUUUGACCUCGGACCCCUGACUGUCAUUCUCUCCCUGGGCCAGGGACUCUGCUAAAACUGCGCCCUGCCCUGACCCCAAGGCCGGAGGGCACCAGGUGGCCCCAUCCAGGCCGGACACUCGCACCUCACAGGAGGGGGCAGCUGACAGACUGUGUGUGUGUGAAGCGGGGAGCGGAGGGGGGAUGGAAGAGACCCAGAGGGGGGACUGAGAAGGAGGGAAGGGGCAGUUCUGGGGGAGGGGGACAGACAGAGCCAUAGAGGGUCAGCCCUGAGCCUGACUGGAUGGGGGCCGUCCCCAGGCCACAGGGGAAGGGGCGCCCUCAGACUCUACCACCUGCCACCCCCCA